UCAAAAUGUGGCAGAUGGUGUAGCCUGCUUUGCUUGGCGCUGAAUAGAUCAGAUUGUUCAAUAGUUCUUAAGAAGAAGGGUGCAGGCGUGCGAGGCACGGAAUACGAUGCCGGCGUAGCUGUUAGGUUAAGCUUUAUCCAAUGUUUUAGCGCGCAUCGUUUCCUCAAAGAUGCCUUCGUCGCCCAAGCGCAGGAAGGAACGCGAACGUCCCAGACGCCGAAAGCGUUCCAGGGACCGGAGCGACAGAGAUCGAUCCGGGGGGCGUGACCGCAAACGUUCAGCCGAACGGGAAAGAGAUCGAGACCGGGACCGGGAUCGAAGCAGAAGGAAAUCGCGAUCCAGAUCCAGAUCGCGUUCGAGAUCGAGGUCAUACGAACGAAAUCUGGAUAAACCCACCGCUUCCUCGUCACGUCGUACUGCCCAAAUGAAACCCAUGGUACCUGAAUCUGAACUGGAGGGUAAAACGCCGGAAGAGCAGGAGAUGCUCAAGACGAUGGGCUUCUGUGGGUUCGAUACAACGAAAGGCAAAAAGGUGGAGGGCAACGAUGUCGGUGAAGUGCACGUCAUAUUGAAGCGCAAAUAUCGACAGUACAUGAACCGGAAGGGAGGCUUUAAUCGACCGCUGGACUUUGUUGCCUAAGCACAACGUUCAGGAUGGGAACGAUGGCGCGAAACAUUUGGGCGUAGUCAAGGGCAGGAAGUCACCGUUAGCUGACAAUCCGGAUGGAUCGUGCUCUCAUAUCCGCAGCCGAGGCAGCCUUCGGGUUUGCUGUUACAAACCCUUUCUUCUUUGCAAACUAUUUUCAUUUUCCGUUUGCCAUUCUGCUGCUACAGGCAACCCCGUAGUGGGGGUUUCUCCGUCGUACGGGUCAGACUAAUCAUUUCAUCAUUACAGUUAACGUUUUUCUUUGCAUCAUUUCUUACACUCUACAUACGUUUAACCAUCAUGAUGGUAUAUUUAAAUGUUUCCCCGAUCACCGCAAACAGCCUUGCGUGCCUGCGACCGUUCGCAAUGGUUUUGGGUACGUGUACACCUCCAUAACCGAACAAUAGUCAACCAACUAAUCACCUCACACCACAAACAAACAACCACACACCAACAACUGCAACGGGUUCCAUAUUACCGCAAUAGUUAAUUUUCAUAUACACCAUAUACAAAAUUUACCACACAAUGCAAUAGCCAAAACGCUACAUCGUGCCACCGCGGGGAGUAAACUGUCGGUCAAUUGCAGAUGAGCUUCGCCACGGAUGUGCGACAGCAACUUGUGACACGUGAACUGCAUGCCCAACCGACUUGAUGAAGCCCAUUGUGCCUUUUCUAAUAGCGAACAGAUGGGUAUGCAUAACCGAAACGUUGAUGAAAACGAAAACAGAGUUAAGUACUUUUAGUACCAGAUAACAAAUUUCUUACCCUCCUUGGAAGCAUCGGGUGGCGCACACCCCCCAGUAUGCCAAGUUUCUGUCGCACAUCACACGCAUUACGAGCACUGUUAUUACGUUUGCCCUGCUGCACCGCGCUACCGAGAAGACUUCCCUGCGCGUGAGCACCAUGUAGCGCCCUUAAUAUACCUCACAAACAAAACAAGGAAAAACCACACCUACACUCACAUCAAACCAUACAAAAAACAAUAGAUACAAAUACCAGCAAAUUUAAAUAUACCUCAUAACUGUAGUCUAUAAGCAUUAUAGAUAGAUUUACUGUGCUGUAUCACAAUUCUUGAGCGAGUUUGUUCUCGUUUGUUCUUUCUGUUUCUCACACUUUUGUAACAUCAUUUAAGAGACGUACUGUAACAGGUUCAAAUACAAAGAAGAAAUAAAGGGAAAGUUUCGCGUUUUUUUAUAUA